CAGUUGCGCCCAAACGAUCGACUGGGAAGGACGGAUUUUUUUUUUCAGAAUCCAGAAACGGGAAGUGAAAAAAGUGAAGCCAGAAAUAUUCAAAUGAGAAGUGCCGCAAGAUAAGCCUGCAUUUUGAUGGUGGAAAAAAGCAGCGAGCGAAGAAGAAGCAGAUUUGUGACUUCGUGGUUAUUGAAACUUUGAUUUUCGGAGUUCGUAGGGAGUUUUUCGGAAAAGCGCACCACCCAUGCGCAAACCAACAGCAAUGGGUGGCAACGGCCCGCUGUGGUCCCUCUUCGUUGGGCUACUGGUGGCCAUUGGCAUCACGUUGCCGGUAGCUCACGCAGAGUUGACACCCCCCUACUUUAAUCUGGCCGAGGGACGAAAGAUCACUGCCUCGGCCACCUGCGGUGUAGAUACGGAUGGUCCCGAGUUGUACUGUAAACUGGUCGGUGCCAACACCGAAAACGAUCACCAAAACCAAUACUCGGUCAUUCAGGGACAGGUUUGCGACAUUUGUGAUCCGAAUGAUCCGGACAAGAGCCACCCGGCCGAAUAUGCCAUCGAUGGAACGGAAAACUGGUGGCAGAGUCCGCCGCUGUCCCGAGGAAUGAAAUACAACGAGGUCAAUUUGACCAUCGAUUUUGGACAGGAAUUCCAUGUGGCCUAUUUGUACAUCCGUAUGGGCAACUCGCCUCGACCAGGUUUGUGGACCCUGGAGAAAUCGAUGGAUCACGGCAAGACUUGGCAAUCGUGGCAGCACUUUUCCGACUCCCCGGCGGAUUGCGAAACCUACUUUGGCCGGGACAGUUUGCGUCCGAUUAUGAACGAUAACGAUGUGGUCUGUACGACGGAGUAUUCCAAGAUCGUGCCGCUCGAAAACGGCGAGAUCCCAGUGAUGUUGCUAAACAACCGUCCUUCGGCUAACAAUUACUUCAACUCAACCACGCUCCAGGAAUGGACACGCGCAACGAAUGUCCGAAUCCGUUUGUUACGAACUAAGAAUCUGUUGGGUCAUCUGAUGUCUGUAGCCAGACAGGAUCCAACCGUUACCCGUCGGUAUUUCUAUUCGAUCAAGGAUAUUUCCAUUGGUGGGCGAUGUAUGUGUAACGGUCACGCGAAUACCUGUAACGUGCUGGAUCCGCGAUCGCCGACUAGGAUCUUGGCCUGUCAGUGUCAGCACAAUACCUGCGGCAUCCACUGCUCUCAGUGUUGUCCAGGGUUCGAGCAGAAGAAGUGGCGUCAGAAUACCAACGCUUGGCCCUUCCAGUGCGAACCUUGUAACUGCCACGGCCACUCGAACGAGUGCGAGUAUUCGGAAGAAAUUGACGAGAAGGGACUGUCCUUGGACAUCCAUGGAAACUAUGAGGGAGGCGGUAUCUGCCAAAACUGCCAGGACAAUACCGAGGGCAUCAACUGUAAUAAGUGUAAAAGCACAUUCUACCGACCGUACGGAAAGCACUGGAAUGAAACCGACGUUUGUCAACCUUGCAAUUGUAACCACUUCUACUCGACCGGAAACUGCGAGGAAGAAACUGGUCGUUGCGAAUGCAAACCGGAGUUCAACCCACCGAACUGCGAUUCUUGCUCCUAUGGGCACUUUGGCUAUCCGAACUGUCGUCCCUGCGAGUGUAAUCUGAACGGAACCAUUGGCUAUCACUGCGAGGCCGUUAACGGCGAAUGUCCCUGCAAGCCGAACUUUGGUGGAGCUCAUUGCAGACAGUGCGCCGAGGGGUACUACGAUUUCCCGGAAUGCGAACCUUGUGGCUGUAAUUCAAUCGGAUCGUUAAGUCACGUGUGCAGCUACGAAUCUGGACAGUGUCAGUGCAAGCCGAACUUUGCUGGCCAGCAUUGUGACAAAUGUAAAGAUGGUUUCUUCAACUACCCAACUUGUUCAUAUUGUAACUGUGAUGUUCGCGGAACGUUGGAUGAAGUUUGCGACAAGGGUAAUGGAAAAUGUUUGUGCCGUGAGGGUUACGGAGGUCCGAGGUGUGAUCAAUGUAUUGCCGGUUACUACAACUACCCGGAAUGUGUCCCUUGCAACUGUUCCGGAGCCGGAAGCGUGUCUACGAUUUGUGAUAUCACUGGAAAGUGUGCCUGUUUGCCAAACUUCUCGGGACGGCAGUGUACCAUGUGUCUGCCGGGGUAUUAUCAGUAUCCAGAAUGUCUACCUUGCAAUUGUGAUGCUCAUGGAUCUAUUGGGCUGUCUUGCAAUACUGAAGGACAGUGUCAGUGUGCGUACAACUUCGAUGGCAAAACUUGUAAUCAAUGUAAGGAAGGAUUCUACAACUUCCCCGCCUGCGAGGAGUGUAACUGUGACCCGGCUGGUGUUAUUGCUAAGUUUGCUGGUUGCGGAUCGGUGCCUGAGGGAGAGUUAUGUCAAUGUAAGGAGCGUGUUCAAGGAAGAAUUUGUGACAAAUGUCGACCUCUGUACUGGAAUUUGAACGCAAGCAAUCCGCAUGGUUGUGAGGAUUGUGAGUGUUUCAUCGAUGGUACAAUCGGUGCUCUGGACACGUGUGACACCAAAACUGGUCAGUGCGCAUGCAAACCUUCUGUAACCGGUCGUCAGUGUUCGGAAUGUAAAGAUGGAACAUUUGAUCUUUUCGGAGCCAGCUUGUUUGGUUGCAAGGAUUGUGGUUGUGACAUUGGAGGUGCAGCUGAUGACGUGUGCAACAAGGAAACAGGACAGUGUAGAUGCCAUCCUAGAAUUGCUGGUCGUACUUGUACUGAUCCGUUGAUGACUCAUUACUUCCCUACUUUGUACCAGUUCCAAUUCGAGUACGAAGACGGAUACACUCCAUCAGGAGCUCAAGUGCGCUAUCAAUUCCACGAAGAUGUUUUCCCAGAGUUCAGCAAACGUGGUUACGCAGUAUUCUCGGGACUACAAAACGAAGUCUUAAACGAAGUGAGCGUGAUGAAAUCUUCAGUGUACCGUCUGGUCAUCCGUUACAAAAAUCCAACCUCGGAAAAUGUCAUUGCUCAAAUUCUUAUUACUCCUGACAACCCAACCGAGCUGGAACAAAAGGCAAAGGUAUUGUUAAAACCCAAUGAAUAUCCAGAAUUUGUCACAGUAUCGGGCUCUAAGGGAGAGAUUCCUUCACCAGUCGUUCUAGAUCCCGGCCGGUACACGAUUAGCACCAAAACGGAUAAGAAUGUAUUCUUGGAUUACUUUGUGCUUUUACCUGCUGCCUACUAUGAAGCUCCUAUUUUGACCAAGAAAAUAGAAAAUCCAUGUGAAGUUACCGAUCUGGGACUAUGCAGACACUACAAAUACCCCAACAUUAUUGAGUUCAAACCCCAAGUAGAAGCUCACGUUGUUGAAGGCGAAGAAUCGUUUAAACCUGGCGAAUACUUCAAAGAUUAUGAACAUCUCGAUGUGAUCCAGGAAGAAAAUUUGCCACUCCUUACCGUAGAACAAAAUGAGCUUAGCUAUGUUGUUGAUGUCGCUCGUCCAGGAAGAUACAUUUUGGUUGUUGAUUACAUAACCAACAGGAACUAUCCCGAAAUCUCCGUUCUACAAAUCAAUCAAAUUGGCGAUACUGAAGCAACGGGUACUGUUACUGCAUACCCGUGUAUGUACACUACAGUUUGUCGUCAACCAGUGAUCGAUGUUGAAUCUCGUGAAACCGUGUUUUACAUGGAUCCAAAUAACCGCAAACCGAUCGUUGUAUCUAGUCAAGAACCUUCGGGAGCAGUGGCUAUAAAAUCUAUAACUGCUAUUCCAUUCGAGGAAUGGUCGAUUGAUUACGUCAGUCCAAAUCCGGUUUGCAUAAUGCAGAAUGGCAAAUGUGUCCAAACAGCGUACCGUACAGCUCCAGAUUCCAGAAAGAUUGAAUUUGAGACAGAUAACGAAGAGCGUGUGGCUGAAACUAACCCUGGCGAUCUAUCCGAUAGUGCUACCAAAUUGAUUUAUCUCGACAAAGAUGAGCCUGCGUUGAAUGUCAAAGCCAAAGUACCGCAUCCUGAUCGUUACGUUAUAAUAGUUAAGUUUUAUCAACCAAACCAUCCGGUAUUCCACAUCCAGUACCGUAUCGAAACCGAUCGUCAAAAUUACGACGGAAAGUUGCCCUUGCGUCACUGUCCCGCCAAUUCUGGAUGUCGUGAAAUUUUGAAACAAGAUAAUGGAUACAUCUGGUUUGAUUUGGAAGAAGUGUUUGAUUUCACAUUGCUCAGUGGCGCUACCAAAGGCGUCUGGCUGGACUACAUUCUUCUGGUUCCUGCUGAUCAGUUCCACGAUGAUCUAUUACAGGAGGAAACAUUCGAUCAGACGAAGGAUUUCAUUCAACAAUGUGGUCAAGAUCAUUUCCACAUUCAGUUGAAUGCAACUGAUUUCUGCAAGCAAGCUGUGUUCUCACUAACUGCCGAUUACAAUAGUGGAGCACUUCCAUGCAAUUGCGAUUACUACGGAUCAACGAGUUUCGAGUGUGAACCAUUCGGUGGACAGUGUCAAUGUAAACCCCAUAUUAUCGGGCGUCAAUGUGAGGCUUGUAAGACUGGUUUCUAUGGUUUCCCAGAUUGCCAACCUUGUGAUUGUCCUUCGACUGCUCUCUGUCAGAAAGACACAGGAGAGUGUAUCUGUCCGGAUCGCGUUACAGGUGAAAAAUGUGACCAAUGUAUGCCGUACACGUUUGGUUACGAUCAAAUAAUUGGAUGCGAAGAAUGUAACUGCAAUCCUCUGGGUGUUGCUGGUAAUAAUCUGCAGUGUGAUUUGGAAAGCGGAUUGUGCGAUUGCAAGUCCAAUGUAGUGGGACGAACCUGUGACCGUUGUCAGUACGGAUUCUUCAAUUUCCCAUACUGCGAACCCUGUAAGUGUGACAUUAGAGGUACCACGUUUGAAAUCUGCGAUCAGCAUGACGAGAAAUGUUUCUGCAAGAAGAAUGUUCAAGGUCGAGAGUGCAAUCAGUGUGUUGAUGGUACAUAUAACCUACAAGCGACCAAUGCGGAGGGAUGUACAAAGUGCUUCUGUUUCGGUCAUACUUCGGUUUGUGAAACGGCAUUCUUGAGGCCUUUGAAUGUGAGCAUGAUGUCAAGUGUGACACUGAAUACGAUCAAACUAUCUGGCGGAAAGCCACAAAUUUCCCAGUGGAUUGUCGAUGGUCAAAUCAUGAUCAACGAAACCUCAGCAGAAGUUGCCCUAAGUGAUGUUGAUAAUGAAGAACUUUUGUCUGGCCUAACGUACUUUGGUAUGCUGGAAUAUUUGCUGGAUUUGAACAGUCAUAUUACAGCAUAUGGAGGUCAUUUAACCUAUAAAAUACAUUACACCACUGGACUGUUUGGAAGUUCUCUUAUUGGUCCCGAUGUCAUCCUUGAAGGAAAGAACAUGAUCAUCACCCAUCAGAGUAUCGAGCAACCGGCAUCAAACACAUUAUUUAAUGGCCGAGUGCAAAUGGUGGAAUCUAAUUUCCAAACUGCUUCUGGUGGUCCAGUUACCCGAGAACAGUUCAUGAUGAUUCUUAGAGACCUCAAGGCAAUUUACAUCAGAGCAUCGUACUGGGAGCAGGGUCUUACGACAAUCGUUUCAGACGUUAGCCUAACAAUGGCUCAUGAUGAUCCUGGAAACUAUGACAUGUACGAAGAGCUAUCCGUUGAACGUUGCUCGUGUCCACCGGGAUACACGGGACUUUCCUGUGAAGACUGUGCGCCAGGGUAUUAUCGGGAUCCGAAUGGGCCUUAUGGAGGAUAUUGUAUACCCUGUCAGUGCAAUGGUCAUGCCGACACUUGCGACUGUAAUACCGGAGUUUGUAACGAAUGCCAACAUUAUACAACCGGGGAACAUUGCGAUCAAUGUAUCGAAGGGUAUUACGGAAAUGCUACGAGAGGAUCACCGAACGAUUGUAUGAUUUGUGCCUGUCCACUUCCAAUUGAAUCCAACAACUUUGCCACUUCAUGUGAGGUAUCAGACGAUGGAUACGAAAUCCAUUGCGAAUGUAAACCCGGCUAUACAGGCGAAAAGUGUCAGAGCUGUGCUUCUGGAUUCUUUGGGGAACCGGAAGUUGAAGGCGAAGUAUGCAAACCGUGCGAUUGUUCCGGAAACAUAAAUCCUGAAGAGCCUGGCUCAUGUGAUUCAGUAUCUGGAGAAUGUUUGCUGUGUUUGAAUAAUACUUACGGUAGAGCUUGCAACCUUUGUGCUCCAGGAUUCUAUGGAGAUGCUGUUCACCUGAAGGAUUGUCAAAGUUGUAUCUGUGAUGCAACUGGAACAGAGCAUUGCGAUAAUUUCAUAGGAACCUGUAACUGUUAUCCAAAUGUGAUUGGAGAAAAGUGCGAUCGAUGCAAACAAGAUCAUUAUGGAUUCGAAUCAGGUAGAGGAUGUUCGCCUUGUGAUUGCGGAAUUGCUUCCAACAGCACGCAGUGUGAUGAUCAUACAGGAAAGUGCGCUUGCAAACCAGGAGUCACUGGACGACAGUGCGAUCGAUGUGAGCCAGGUUAUUGGAAUUACAAUGAAGAUGGGUGUACUCCUUGCUCUUGUAACACCGACUAUUCUCGAGGACUUGGAUGUAACCCCGUCACUGGUCAAUGUGAAUGUCUAUCAGGUGUUGUAGGUGAGAAAUGUGACUCUUGUCCGUACAGAUGGGUACUUAUUCCUGAUACUGGAUGUUUGGAAUGUGAUGGCUGUCAUCAUGCACUGUUAGAUGUCACCGAUGAGCUCAAAGACACAAUUGAUCCAGUUCUGCACGAUAUUGAAACCGUUGCUGAUGAUUAUUACACAUCACAAAAGCUAAAAUAUUUCGAUGAUUUAGUCGAUGAAAUUGAACCAGCAGUUAGAAAACUUGAUCCACAUGGAGUGAAUUUGAAUCCAUCUCGUAAAGCAAUUGAAACGCUUGAAUCCGAUGUCAAAAAUCUUGAUCGGCGUAUUCAAUAUGCAGACCAAACGGCUAACAAAUUGUCAACUGACAGUGAAGACUUACUCAAAAGCUCAUCAGAAAUUUUGGAUUCGUGUAGGUUUGUUAACUUCAACACUCGUAGUACAAUUCUCGAGGUAGAGAAACUGGCUGAAAACUUGGGUAAAUCUGAAAGCAAUAAAUUGGACCAGGCAUACAACGAAGCAGAAAGAUAUUUAGAUUUGAUCAAGCAAUACUCUGCCACACCAUCAAGUCUGAACGUGCAGUAUGAUAAUGCUACGGAGUUGCUGGAACGUGUCGAAGAGUUUGCAAAACCGGUACAGGAUCAGCAGGAUAGAUUGAACAAGUUGUUGUAUACUAUCGGUAAAUUUGAUGUUAAAAUGGAAGAUCUUUACAAUUGGAGUAUAAAAAUUGAAGAAGAAGGACGGGCAACCGCGAAGUUGAAUAACAGAAAUAAGGGAGCAUUGGACACAAAGUUUGAGACCGUAUCGGCUCAUUCAAAGGAAGCUUCGGAUAACAUUGAAAAUGCCAAAAAACUUAUUGAUGAUUCUGCGAAAAUAAGUCUAGACAUCUACACCACUCACACAGAACUUGAUAACAUCAAUUCGGAAUUGAAACAGCUGAACGCGCAAAUGGAUGCUGAUUUACCGAAACAUGAACAGGAAUAUCAAGAACUGACCCCCAAAAUACAGCAAGCUAUUGAUUACGCUGCCAACUUGAAAGAAGAAGCACAACGAUUAACAGACAACUAUUCGCAUGUAACUGCCAAUUCUGAAACCGCAUUGUCCGCUGCCACUGCUUACUCCAAAAUUGCUGAAGCUGUCAAUGCAGCCAAAGACAAUACGGAAAAGACACAACAAUUGGCAGAGAACGCUACUGAGCUUACGAAAGGAAUCGAACAAAGAGCUGGUCAGUCCGAUCAAGAUUCGCGGGAGCUGUUGAAUGAAGCUGUGAGGUCGUUACACUCGCUUCAAACUGACCUGGAACCGCAUAUAAAUAGGACUGCUGCCCUGGUAGAUCAUAUCAUGAAGAGCAAUCAAGACAGUGAUGAUGUUCUGUAUUCCAUCAAUCAAUCACUGGAAGCAAUUCCUGAAAACUCGUACACUACUAAUUUGGAAAAUGCACGAGAUCAAGCAAUUGAAACUUUGGAAAAAGCUCAAUCGGCUAUGAAAGUAAUGGAUCCUAUUAUCUCUGAUCUGCCGAAGAGCGUUUAUCAGUCUGAGCAGUUACCGAAAGAUAUCGAUAGCACCAAUAAGAGCAUUCAACUGGCUGCAAGUCAGAUCGAACAGUACAAGAACAUGGUUCCAAAGGUUGAGCUAUUGGUAGAUGAAGUAGAAGAUAAACAAAACAAACUUGAUUCAAUGGUGAGUGAUAUCGGGGAUCGACUGGAAUCACUUAAGAAGCAAAUCGCGAGUGCACGAUCCUUGGCAAAUAGUAUUCGAUUUGGUAUGACCUUUCAUCCGAAUACAACUCUGGAAUUAAAACCACCAGAAGCAUUGUCUCAAAUGGCUACAAACUCGACGGCCUCUGUCUAUUUCAAAACCAACAAGCCCGAAGGUUUCUUGUUAUAUCUUGGUAAUGAGGUAAAACCAGAGGCUAAGAAGAGCUCACGAGAUGAUUAUAUGGCCCUGGAGAUUGAAAAUGGGUACCCUGUAUUGUCUAUUGAUUUGGGUAACGAUCCGGAAAAAGUUAUCAAUCCGAAGUACGUAGCAGAUGACAAGUGGUAUCAGGCAAUCAUUGAUAGAAGUGGAAAUAAUGUUAAGCUUACUAUUCGUGAAGAGUUGGAUAAUGGCACGGAGAUGAUUCAUCCCAAGGAACAAACUCUGCCAGGCUCCUAUAACGUGUUCAAUGUGGAUCAGAACAGUAAACUGUUCGUUGGUGGUUAUCCUCCGGAGUACAACAUCCCUGUUGACGUGAAGUCCGGUGAAUUUAGCGGAGAGAUUCAGGACCUCCAAAUCGGUGGAGAACAUGUAGGUUUAUGGAACUUUAUCGAUGCCCAAAACGUUCAUGGAGGAAGAGAGCGAGAUAAGCUUUUGGACGAAGACAAACCAACAACUGGCUUUAGAUUUGGUGGUAAUGGAUACGUCAUGGUCGAUGCAAAAUCCUAUUCCUUCAAACAUAGAUCGCAGAUUCAAUUCCGUUUCAAGGCUACCCAGGAUACAAAGGAUGGACUGCUGUUCUACGCCGGUAAAAAUCGUCACUUCAUUUCUGUCGAAAUGAAACAAGGUGCUAUAGUCUUCCAGUUCAAGCUUGGACAACAGGCUGAAGUAGUGACUAUUGGUUCAACUGGUAUGUUCAACGAUGACAAUUGGCACACGGUGUCUGCUGAGCGAGAUGGAGCAAUUGGAAAGUUGACUGUGGAUGGCAAUGCAGUGUAUCAAGAAACGCCGAACAAUCCUUCGACUAAUGUAGAACCGUUGAGAAUAUCCGAGUCCAUGUUCUUCGGUGGUGUAUCGGACAAAAUUCAUCACCCCGAGGUUACUUCCAAAGGAUUUGAUGGGUGUAUUGAUGAUGUUUACAUUCUGGGAACUCGUGUCGAUUUGAGUAUCAACCAGAAGGCUCUAGAUGUUCGCCCUGGCUGCCCAAUGAAAUUCUCAUCACUCCUAUCAUUCCCUCCGCAUCAAUUCGGACACGUUAGCCAACCAGGAGUUGUAUCUAAUAAUGGUCUUCAGGUAAAUAUCAAAUUCAAGACCGUUCAAAGCUACGGAGUUUUGUUCUACACAUCAGACUACGAUCAAAGCGGUACGUUCGGUUUAACUUUGGAAGAUGGAUCACUAGUAUUGAGAAGCUCCAAACAGGAAGUUAAUACAGGAAAAAAUAAAUACAACGACGGUGAAUGGCAUGCUGUCACUGCUACUCAUGAACGCGAUCGCUUCUCGUUAGUUGUAGAUGAUAGUGAUCCAUUCGUAUCUGACCAAACUCCUCAAGAGCUGUAUAUCGCUGAUGGAGAAAUCUACUUUGGAGGUUUGCCUAAAAACUUCGUUACGCCAAGGGGAGCCAUCAUAACGCCAGCCUAUUUCUGGGGAUGUAUCCGGGAUGUGACGGUCAAUGGACAGAUCGUUAAUUUCGCUAACUUAAAGGAUAAGAAAUCGGCAAUCCUGGAUCAUUGUUCGAAGAGCAUCUUUGCCAUCAGUCCCAGUGAAAUUCCGUUGUAUUAUCCAGAUGGUGCUAGCGAGCCAGUUGUGUUCAUCCCAAGGUUCGAAGUUGAAGAUAGCAAACCUGAUACAAGCAAAGGAAAUAAUAUCGAAGACACUGUCCAUCAAGAAAUUCCAGAGCCUGAUGAAGAGACAACUGUGCCAUUUAUUGAGCAGAUUACAACUACGGAAGCUACGACAACGACGACCAGGAAACCACGACCUCCCCCUGAAAAACCGGAACCAACGUGUAAACUGCCAAUUGUUCCCGAUCAGGAUGUCGAUUUUGAUGCUGGUUAUCGUUUCGGUACCGGACCUUUUAGCCAUAUCGAGUUUAACGAAAUUCCUCAGAAGCUCAAAAAGCAGUACGAGUUCUCGCUUACUUUCAAGACUGAAUUUUCUGAAGGAGUGUUGUUCUAUGCGGCCGACUCACGCCAUACUGAUUUCAUUGCGCUGUAUCUUCGGGAUGGCAAAGUCUUCCACUCUUUCAACUGUGGUUCAGGAUCUGCCAACAUUAGCUCAGAACGUCGCUACGACGACAAUGAAUGGCAUACGGUACAUUUCUCUCGUGUCCAUAACAAGGGUAAACUGGUGGUGGAUAGCGAGGAUGAAGUUCAUGGAGAAUCUGCAGGAAAUACUCGCACCAUGCAAGUUCAGGCUCCGUUCUUCGUUGGAGGUGUAUCUGGCGGAGAACACUAUGAGGAUGUCGCUCUCAAUCUGAAGAUCGAUAAAAACAUUCUGGAACGAGACCAGUUCGUUGGAUGCAUAACUGAUAUUCAAGCCUUCAAUCGACCUUUGGGAACACCGUCGAACAUAACUCAAACGAUCCCAUGCUCUUCGCAAAUUGAACAAGGUAUGUUCUUCGGUAAAGGUGGAGGAUUCGUCAAGUUGCGUGAGAAGUUUAAGGUCGGAACGGAAUUGACCGUGAGCAUGGACAUUAAACCACGAUCAAACACCGGUUUGCUGAUGUCGGUCCAUGGCAAAAAGGCAUUCUUUGUGCUUGAACUGAUCAAUGGUAACAUAAGUCUUACGGUGAACAACGGCGAUGAACCGUUCACUGCCAUGUAUAUUCCGGAUCCAAGCGAAAACUUGUGCGACGGCCAGUGGCGAACCAUCACUGCCAUCAAAUCGUUCUACGUUAUAACGAUCAAGGUGAAUGAUGUCAGCUCCAAUCCCGCCAUUGGAGACGCUCGUUCUGGAUCUACCGAUACAACAAGGCCGCUGUUCCUUGGAGGUCAUCCUCAUUUGCAGAGGAUUCGAGGACUUUCGGCGCGCGAGCCUUUCCAGGGUUGUAUUCGUAAUGUGAUCAUCCGUAAUCAGCGAGAGCAGCUUACACCAAAGAUGACGGUGGGAAAUGUACAAACUGGAGUUUGUCCAACUAUUUAAAAGUAAAGUAAUUUCUAAAUUUGAAAUCUCAAGGCUUUAGACCUUCGCUAGUGUAAUGGGAAAUGGAUUUGGUUUAUGAUAGGGAAAUACGCAGGAAUGUAGGAUGAGUUUAUCAGUGUUGGUUUUGAUAGACAUUAAAUACGCAUUUAUUCUUGAGUGAGGAAUUCGGAACAACACUGGUAAAAUCAUUUUUUGAAUGGAUAUACGAUGACGACUUGGCUUUCAAAAUUUGAAUUAACUCUUUAAUUUUUACUUCUAUCUUUUCACUAUAUUUUCUUUUAUUCGACGAAUGGGAAAAUUUUCAUAUGAGUUUAAAAAAACAAUUGGUCUUGAUUCAUACAAAUCAAAGUAAAACAGAAGAAUUGAAAAGUUAUCAAGAAUCAGAAAUUUUUAACUUAAGCGGUUUAUUUCGUUUUCUCUCUUGUAAGUGAUUUCUACGAAAAUCGAAUGGCUUGGAAAUUCUUUAUAACGUUAAGUUCGAAACUCGAAAAGUAAUCCUUCAUUCAAAUUUUGUUUUGACAACCAGUGUGGAUACAAACAUUAUAACUAUUCGAAGAUUUCAAUAUAAAGAAACUUUCGAAAUGUAAAACCCAGUAACGUAUACUCUUUUACUAUUUUUAAUGAUACUCUUAUCGUCGAUACUAACAUUUUCAAAUAAAUUCUUUACUAACAUAGAAUUAGUCGAACAAAA